AUGCCCCCUCGGAGCAUUGAUGUCGGCGAUCACAUUCCCCACACCGACGCAACUGUUUCUGCAAACCCCACAGAUCCUGUCUUCCAGGAUUUGAGUCUUGGCACCAGAAGGAACGUCGAAUAUUACUUACGAGAGUGCUGCAGCGAGUGCACUAUCUACGGUGAUGACUUUGGCAACCCGUUUAAGCAAAUGCUACUGCUAAUACCGCAUAAUAACGCGAUGCGGGACAUUGUCGUUGCGAUUUCUGUCUAUCAUCAGGCUCGUGCAGGUGUUACUUCCGUCCCAGCGACACAAAGCUAUGACAGCUCUCUGGUUACAGCGAAGCCGGAACUGAGCUCUAUCGAUCUUGCCACUGUUAUGGGGCACGCGUAUAAAGCGACACAUAGCCUCCGAACCGCGCUAUCUAGCGAAGAUUGCUCCGAUGCAGUUGUGGCGUCGUCAUUUCUUUUCACGUGGCUCGAUAUGUUAGACACAGAACAUCCCUCGUGGCAUCACCAUCUCGCUGGCAUGAAAGACCUCAUGUGUCUUCGGCGAACCAAGGAUGCAUCAGCAUCGACCGGAGGCUCUGUAUUCCACGGAUUCUUCCGCGAGGCGUAUGCCAUGAUAUCCAUAUUCGGCUCAACGCUGAGCAGAACCAAGAUAGAUCCUGCUCAAGAGCUCCCACAGUUCGAUUUGGGCGCUGUCUUGGAGCGGGCCCAGAGCUGGAGUUGGACCGGAUGCCCCGCUGAGCUCGUAGGGAUUCUGCAUGCUUUAAAUGGGCUGCAAUCUCAAUCUCAAGAGCUCCGCCAGGAGGAAGCGGAAUUGACUCUAAACCGACUCGAGAAGUUCUCUUGUUCAGACUGGGCACUCCUUUUCCCCGGUAGAGACCUCCAUGAGCAGCGACUUCACACGGCCUCUGCCUACAAGGGGGCCAUCGCGAUCUACGCAGCGCAAGUCCUCAGCGCCACCUGCUAUAACAGACCAUUGGUGGGAGACAUUGUCGAUCUCACUCUGCACCAUCUCCAACAACUUUCACCGAGCGACUCUCAUUUCAAGGGUAUCCUCUGGCCCGCCUUCAUUCUUGGGGCUGAAGCACGUCUUCCGGAGCAACGACUGUGGGUUGCGAAUGCAUUGGAGCAGCUCUACGGUAUGAUCCAUAUGUGGAAUAUCAAAAGGGGCUUGUCAGUUCUGCACCGAAUUUGGGCGCGCCCACUGCCCGCAAAUGACAGGAGGUCGUGGCUCGACGAUGUGUAUGACAUGGACGAGAAGCUAAUGCUGAUAUGA